AUGAGGACCUGGAAUCCUGUCUCCUGCCACAUUUGCGGCCAGGAGUGGCCACUGAAGCAGUUUGAGGAGCACCACGCAGUCUGCGAGAGCCUCAUCAAGAUAGAGAUGGCAAGGGGUCCGCCUAACGCGCGGGUGGCGGCCAUCUUGGAGCUCUUGGAGAAAUACAUGGCAGAGCAUUGCUUCUCGCGCAAGAUUAUGUCCAUUCUGUACAACAUUGAGCAGUUGGCACGGGCCUAUUUGGAUAUGAAGGCUUCUUUGUCUCCGGCAUUUGUUGUGCAAAGAUGCAUGGUGUAUGCGCAAGGAAUGAAGGUUGAUUCCAUCGCCAGCUGCCCCGAAGAAGUUGAACGUGGGUACUCAGGGGCCGUAACUUUCUCCCAGAAGAUGAGGUCCAUCAUGAAGGAACAUGUGCGCAGCAUUAACCAGCAGCAACACAAUUCAGGGAGUUCUGGAGGCAGCUCCGAAUGGUCCCAUGAUGGAUCAAUCCCAGAAAGCAGCAGUACGGGGGAUUCGAGGUCAGGCAUUGGCCCUCAGGCGGGAGAUUACGGCUCGGUGAAGAUCACUGAUUUCAAAAUUCUUAAGCCCGUGAGCAGAGGAGCAUACGGGAGGGUGUAUCUGGCCAAAAAGAGAGACACAGGGCAUUACUAUGCUAUCAAGGUUCGUUGUUUCUACACAUUCACCAACCACCGGAAUCUGUAUAUUGUUAUGGAGUACCUGAAUGGAGGUGACUGCAGCAGCUUGCUGCGCAAUCUGGGGUGCCUGGAUGAGCAUGCGGCCAGGGUGUACAUUGCAGAGACUGCGAUGGCAUUGGAAUACUGCCACGCGCAGGGAAUAAACCACAGAGAUUUGAAGCCGGACAACCUGCUAAUAAGCUCAGAUGGACAUAUAAAACUGACGGACUUUGGACUAUCCUGCGUUGGAAUUGUGGAUAGGUCGAUGACGACUGAAACAAAUAGCAGAGACCCUUCCUGGGACGAGUAA